AAUUCCAAGCUCGCCAGUCGAGUUUCGGCCGUCUAACCCAGCAGAGGUGUGCAGCGGACAGCAGUUGAACCACCGCAACCUACAGCACCAUCAGCAGCAGAUAGAAUAGCUGUGGCCACAAGAGAACGGGUGCCCUGCCCUUUGAUCCGCUGCAUCCACUGCAACAACUGCCACCGCAAUGCCCUGCUGCACUGACAACUGACCCAGCUGCAACUGAUUAACUGAUUAACUGGCCGACAGACGGCAGAGCAUCGCUAUUCAUUACGCGUCCAUGUUCGUGGUCCACUUGGCGGACGCGGAUGCGGGGAGCACAUUCCUCGAAAGUAGGCAACGAAAAUCGGAAAAUCGGAAAUCUAAUUAGCGACGUCAGUGUCAGCAAUGCAAAUCCAUUAAUUUCCAGCCAUCACAUCAACAACUUUUCGGCAAACAGGCGUUGCUAGAGUCCUAGCAAAAAAGCAUAAAAAAAACGGACCACGAGAGUCGGGAAAAUCUAACGCAGAAAAAAGGGAAAGCACUUUCCCUUCGCUGUGCGUGUGUGUCUGUGUGUAGGUGCGUCGGUGUGUCGCUGUGCUGGGUUAUUGGUGUGCCGCUGUGCGUGAGAGUGAGAGUGUGUGUGCGUGUGUGUGCGAGUGCCUGAUAACGCGAGCCUGGCGCUGACAUCACUUUCACUGGGAAAGCGAACUCGAGGAACCAACCUGGAGCCCGGGAAUCUGCCAAUCGAGCCGCACGCCAACAAAUUCAAUUAAACUACCAACACUGCACGACAACCGCCAGAACAACAAAGCUGCCAAGAGCCAAUUAUCGAGGAAAAGCGGAGCAAACCAAACGAAGGAAGCAAGGAACUAAGGAAGGAAGGACGAGCCCAUCGCAGCCAACAUGUUCUCCAUGUGCACCAAGGUGAAAUCGCGGAGUGCGGAUCCGGACAGCUCGUUCAUGCAGCAAUCGCAGCAGAUGCAGAUGCAGCUGCAGCAGCCCCAAGCGAUGGGAACUGGUGGAAAACAAAUCAAGGGAGGCUAUCUACUGCGCUACAAAAAGCAAAUGUUCUGGAACCGCUGGGCGGAGGAAUGGGUGGUGCUGUACGACGACUCGACCAUGGCCUGGUUCACGGAGCCGGGACGCUCCUCGCCGACGGGCAAGAUCCUGGUGAAGGAGGCGCCUGAGAUGCUGGCCAUCGCACACUGGACCGGCCAGAUACCGCGUCGUCCGCCGCUGCCGGCGGGCGUGAAUGUGUCCCAGUUGAUUGCCCUCGGAUCGCAGCGCAAGCGGUCGAAGGUCUACUGGAUGCUGGCCAAGUCGGAGCAGGAGGUGAGCGACUGGAUCGAUGCGAUUACCAAGACCCUGCCGCCGCCGCCUCAAAUCGAGCUGGUGGUGGACAAGCCGCACCUGAUGAACGUGCUCCGGCGUCCGCUGGUGCGCAUUAGACCGGCCACCCAGUCGGAGGUGAAGCAGCGGAAGGCGGCGUCCCACGGAGCCAGUGGCAGUAAACACCACCGCUGCUCGUCGGCGAUUUCCACGAAGGUGUACCGGCAGAGCCAGGAUCCGCUGGUGAAGAGCGACGCGGCGGUGGCCAUUCUCAGCAAGAAGCCGGACUCAAAGGCCUCGCUGGCCUGCGCCCUGCCCUGGGGCCACGGAUGGGGAUGGGCCACGCUGCCCAACGGGGUUUGGAGCGGCGGACUCACCUGGUCGCAGUGCGAGGACACCUUCACCCUGCACGCCCUGCCCACCACCCACUGCACCAACCUGAUCGACACCUCCUGCAGCGGGGCAGUGUACCACACGGACAUCGGAGGCUUCGACUUUCACUCCUCGGGCGUCGAUGACAUCGGUGGCGAGGACUUCGACUAUGCCAUGGACUGCGGUGAUUUCAUAUUCUAAACUCCCUUCAGCACAACGCAUUCAACCAUCCACCCACCCGGCGCGCAGGACCCAUUCGUCCUUGGACGCAGAUUUUGUCUUCGAUUGGAAGGAGCUCAGCAACUGGUAGUCGCUUGGGUAGUAUUUAAUAUUUAACCGUGCUUUCGUUAUCCUCUGAGUGUUAGGUGUUGCUAAAUGUAAGGGGAAGUCGCGGCGUUGCGUAUACGCCCCGUUGUCCUUGUUCCAGUCGGGCUAACUAUACCGCUGUACCCUUAACAUUGUGUAUUGUCCUCAUUGCGUUAGGCAGUUCAGCUGCAACUACUUGCACAACUAACUGCGAUUAUUCCCUUUUUUUCUCAGUGUGCUGAAACAUACAUUAAUUGGUAUACAUAUGUACAUAGGUGUGUCUAUAACUGCGGCCAAAAAACUAGCUGUGACUGCUUAUAUAUAGGAUUAUAUGUAGGAUUGUUUUAUUCGCCAUCGUGGCUACAUGAAAUUUCAAGCUUUAGGAUAUUUUUUUGUUGCAAAACAAAUCAGUUUCCUAAAAAGUUUAAACAAAUUCUGAAUAAAUCUGAUGAUAAUAAGAAAAUCUUUAAGAAAUUUAACUGAAUUUUAUAAGGAACAAAUUCAAUAUUUUACAAAUGUCACAGCUAUAAUGGCCGCUGUUGUAGUUUCGCCUCGAGCUCUGGCUGAUACUCGUGUGCCCGUGUAUUUACCAAUAUAUAUGCGUGUUAACCCCCAACCCAUAUAUGCCAACUACCACCCACCGCCCACUGGCCACAGCACCUCAUUCAGCCACCCACCCACACAACCAACCGCAAUCAGCCAUCGCAGUCGCAGUUGCAGUUGCAACCACAAGCAUUUGAAAUGCGAAAAUAUUUUUGCAUCGCGCAUAUAAGUAGGCUACAACAUAUUUUCGCACUCGACGAGCGAAGAAAUUACAAUAAAUAAUGCAGACGGACAAGGCGACAACUAAAUUAAUAACGAGAAAACAACCGCAAGAGAUUGAAAUACUUUUGUGUAUUUUGAGACUUUUGAAAUUUAUAUUGAUGCAAUUUGUAAUGGAAACACUUUUCAAAUUGUUUUGCCAUGAUUUUCUAGAAUUUUUGGAAUCGAUAGUAUUAACCGCAAACCGAAUCCGGAAAAAAGCCCACAUCCCGCGUUCCCCGCCAAAACCCAUUUUUGUGUGCGAAUUUUUGAAACAUUUAUACAGAUACAGCGCGCGUAAAAUAAGUCGGUCAAGAAAUCGAUGCAAAUUUAAUAUAAUUGUGUAAAAGACGAACACAAAAGCUACAAAAAAAUAAGCGAGACAUCCCCCGCGGAGUUUUAAAGUGGCGCAUAGCAAUUUUUAUAUAGCGUGUUAAACAGAAAUGACAGUAAACAGGAAAACCAGGUAAAUAACGAGUAAUUAACGAGGUAAAAACGAACUGUAGUCGUAAGACCCACACACCGACACACAGCCUAGUGUAAGUGUUAGCACCUAAGGCAUCCGAUUGUCAGAUUGGUUUUCGAAACUAACUCACUCAGAUCGACAUACCCACCCGUACUGAUGUAAAGUUUAUAAAACAAAUCAAGCGAAACACAGAGACAAGUUAGCAACCCAGGAAAAAUCACGGAGCAUAAGGCCAAAGACGUGCAAACACAUGUAUGUACAAGUAUGUACGAGUAUGUACGAGUACGUACGAGUAUGUACGAGUAAUUAGCGUUAAGAGCCCAUUCGAGAUCACGGACAUUUGGGAGCGGAGUCAGCAGCAAUCACCAGUAAUAAUCACCCCCAUCGAUUCGAUUUUGAAUUUGAUUUUGAGGAACUUUCGACACGUCGUGUCCGAAAGGGAAACGCCGCUACGGACACCUUGAGAAAAUGUAACUGUAACUGUAACUAACUGUACGUUAGGGUAUUUAGAAUCUAGGAUAAGAAGUCGGGCGCCCGUUAGAGCCACACAUGCAUACAUAUAUGUUAUGAUGAUAUAGGAGUAUAUGAUAGAUGUAUGUAUGUACGUACCGUAAGAAUGUGCAGGUUUUCAAAAUGUUGCAUGCCGCGAAUAUGCAUAGAGCUAGAGUAUAGCAUCGCAAAUAUUAUGUAAAAUACGGGUAACAGGACACUCCAGUCCCUGCGCAUCUGUUGCAUGUCCUUGUACGCGCUAGUAUACUUAUACACCACGAUAUAUUUAUGUACAACCGUAACCAGAGCCAAGCUAAACGAAUCGAAACCGCAGUCGGAUACCCUAACCUGAGCCCGCAGCCUUAGCUAUCAUACCCAUCACACCCUACCGCUACCAGCCCUUUAUAGUGUCUACACACAUAUGUACGAGUAAUGUAUCUGCAUGUAUACAAUACACAAUACC